AUGGCUACUCAAUCCCCUUUACCCUCGAAUCCACAGUCCCCGGGUCUCAACACCAGUAGCACCCUCGGAGCCAUCCUGAUAGGAGGCUUCGUCGCGGCCAUGCUGUAUGGAAUCAUCGUCUUACAAACGCUGCUGUUCUUCCAAGGACAGUCGCACAACAGCCGUUAUAUGGUCAUUGGACUUUUGCUCAUCAGUUCCGCGCAUAUGGCUCUCGUCAUCCAUCCGGUCUAUUGUCAAUACCGUCUGGAGUGUAUCGGCGGGAAUAAUCUUGACGGUGAGCAUCGCAUCUUGGAUAUCAGCAACUUGACGUCAUAUUGCGCAACACAGGCUGUGAACGAUUUCAUCCGAUUGAUCUCUGAAGCACUGCCUUUCAGCUGGUUCGUUUAUCGCAUCUGGGUCUUGAGCCAUCGCAACCAUUGGAUUACUUACCCCAUGACGGUCCUUUGCGUCUUCCUGUUUGGCCUUACCCUUGCUACUGGUAUCAAAACCUACCAAACCAAGACAUAUUUCCAGCUUGUGCAAGUACACUUGCAGUGGCUCCCUGAGACCGAUCUCUCCCUGGUCGUCGUGGCGGAUGGGCUCAUUGCGGCCAUCCUUUGCUACUUACUCGCUACAUCUAGAAUGAGGGUCAUGAAUCGCAGGACAGAGUCGUACCUCAACAUCCUUAUACUGUAUACAAUCAAUACGGGGCUGCUGACCAGCAUGUUAUCCAUGGCGUGUCUCAUCACGUUCGUUACCAUGCCUGACAACUUCAUCUUUUGGUCUUUAUACUUCCCGAUGGUGAACCUAUAUGCCAAUUCACUCCUAGCAUCGUUCAACUUGCGUGAUUCGCUCAAGUCGGAUCCUGCGUCCUUCGCCGCGCCGCUGUCCACGAUAAAGUUCCACCAGCGCUCUACUGUCUGCCACUGCAGCUGCCAUUCCUCUCACUCCGCCCACCCAGAGCGCAUCAAUGACACGGAGUCGGGCGGCGGCAACCUAGUCAUUCAUGUCCAGACGGAGCAGUCCAAGGUUACGCUGUGA